CAGUCAGUCAAAAAUGGCGCCCGAGCUGCUGCGUCGCGACGGAACCUCGGCGACGGUGGCCGGCCACCGGACGGGCGUGCAUGGCGAAUUCAUCACCAAAGCGGGACAAAACUCGCCGGUCGUGCGUCGCCUUGUGAAUUUCGUCGCGAGUGUGUGUCUCUGAAUGCAAGCCCUCUCUCUCUCUCUCUUUCUUUCUCUCUCUCUCUCUUUCUCUCUCUCUCUUUCUCUCUCUCUCUCUCUCUUUCGUUCACGUCUGUCGUCGGCCGCGGGUCGAUUUACGAAUCGAUGACGUACUCGCGAGAUACUUCACGCGUCCAACGGCGAACUUAACCUAACCUAAUAUCUCCGCGGCGAGAGAAGCACCACGCUUCGUACGGUCGCGUAAGUUUGUUCCCGCUGCGCGAUUCUUCCCACGUCCAAACAACAGUCGCGGCAUUCGGGUUUGUGUAAAGAGAUACGCACGCGGCGGAGAGAGGGAGAGCGAGAAGGGAGAACAGACCCAGGCGAACCAGUGCAGAACGAAGGAGCUUCCGCGCGAAAGGUCAUACAUUUCCGUCGAUCGAUAAUCAAUCACAAUCGAGGCGACAUCGACAACGAGUACAGUAUGCAAUAGUGUCUCGGCCGCGACUCUCUUCACGCGAAUUCAAACAACAGGAAUGUGGACAUACCUAUUACGUUGCGCACGUGACUUCACGCAGGACACGUGUCGUUUGACAAAAUGAACGGGACAUCGGUAGGGGUUAGCGAGACGGAUCGAUGUACGUAGUCCGCCGGAUGACGCGAUAAUCACGAGAUUCCGCGUGCGUGACGUUGGAGUGACGUUUAAAGAGCGAUUUGUCGCGCCCGCGGAUGUCGUGGAAGGCGAUCUGCCUACUUCGCGAGAUGGUGUCGACGGGUGAGAAUCGCCAGUUGGUUACGCACUGGACACGACGGGGCGACGCCGUGAAGUUAGCCGUUCGGAGGGUGCGUCGUCGCGACGCGUACACCCAAGGCUGCGCGGCGCGGAUUUUGAGUCUGAUAUCAAAAACACAAUGUUUAACAAUGAAGGAGGAUCUAAACUAAGCAGUGACGAAGCAAAAUCAACAAUUAUAGAAUUAUUUCCCUGGGUCUCAGAAUUUAAGAAAAUGUGCAAAUGUAUAUAUGCAGACAAAAGUAUGGCUUCUUUGGCAGAGCUUAUGCAGUACUAUAUCAGAAAUGUAAGUGUCAGUGUAAAUGAAUGUUAUACAAAGCCAUUAAGGGCAGCAAAGUUGAAGGAUUCUAUUAGUGAUACCUUACUUUUGUUCUUAUAUACCUAUCGUGAGCUUUCUGAGGAUCGCAAUAGAUCAAUUUAUUUAAACAAUAUGUCCGAUUUAUUGGCAAUGUACAUAGAUAUGGAAUUAAAAGCGUCAAGAAAAAGUAAAGAAGAUCAUAAUAGAAUUUGUACAAGACUUACUUCUUGUCUUUAUGUAUAUUUAGAACAUUCCACAGAGCAUUUGUUAGAUACUUUGAUAAAAAUACAAUUUAUGUGCCGGGGUUAUCAUCGUAUUUUAGAUCCGAUAAUAACAAAAGUAAUUAAAAAUAUUCCAGCGCAUCCCGAAUCAAAUCUUAUGUACGUUCGUUAUCUUCUUAUUUAUUGUCUUUGGAGAAAGGUAAAUAGCGAUAUGGCCGUGAAAAGUCAAAUUACCACAACCGCAAUUGCCUCACUGGGAGCACCACCAACUGCUUUCCCACCGUGCGUGUUAGAAGAUGUAUUACCGAAAGUGCCAAAGUGUCAACCAAACUCAGCAAAAUAUCUAAUGCAGCAGAAAUUCGACGUAAGAAAAUGUUGCGAAUUAUUUGUACAAUUCUGUAGAGAAAGCAGAAGAAGUAUAUGGCAGGAAAAAAGCGAAAACACAACUAUUACUCCAAGCUCAUCCAAGAGGAAUACUUCGCAACUGUUGGUGACUACAUCACGCGAAGACGAGAAUUUCGGUCGUAUCGAAACUAAUUUUAAUCUUGUCCCCUCAGAUAAAGAUUCACAAAACAGCUCUGUUUCUUCAGAUAAUUUGAAAUCCACAAAUUUAACAGAACAAACAAAUGUUAAACCUUUAGGCACAAUCUCUACAAAUGUUUCAGUAACACGGACUAUUUCUAAACCGAUUAAACCAAAAGUGCUUCCUCGAAAGAAGGCUAAAAAAUCGAAUAAAAUUGUAAUUAUUGAUCUUACAACUGACAUCGCUUUUGAAAGAUGUAUAAAGAAGAAGAGGAAGUCUAGAAAAGUCGUAUGGCUGGAGGAAGCUAAGAAGAAAUUCGAUGCAAAGACGAUAAAAGCAUCGCAAAAGAUUAAGAAACAACAAAUAGCGGAAAAUGUAAGCUCCGUGAAGAAAGUGACUCUCGGUCAGCAGUUAGAAGACUUACUUCAACCCGUACAUGCCACAGAAAAUACAUGUUUGAAGAAUGAUUUGGGUACAUCCAUACAAGAGGCAAAAUUGAACAGCGAUAAAACAAAACAUUUGGAAGUAGAACAAACAUCGGUUAUUAACGGUAACGCAGAAUCUGAAAAACAAUCGGUGGACGUGAACAGCAGUGACAAGAACAAAAACAUUGGGAUGCCCUGUACAGUCUCUUCUUCUGUAAUCGUUGAUAGACCACAGUCUAAUAAAUCUAAAGUUUCUACAAAUUCAUUAUUGGAUAUUUCAAAUGAUACUAAUAACGUUAGCAAAUGUCACGAUGUUAACGCUACUUCGGAAGCAAAGGCAGACGAGAAAAUAAACGAUAGAUUUAAUAUACAGACUGUGAUUAAACGACUGAUAGAAAAAGAUACUAUGCCUGAAAGUGAAACACGUAAAAGAGUUGAAAGUUUACGGAAAAUCUGUGAUUUAGGAACGGAGCACUCUAAAACUGUAAAUAGUCCUCUCGCGUUAUGUGCCCAAGAUGAUUCCAAAGAUGAAGAUGAUAGUUCUAAUCGUAAUGCUAACUAUCCUAGUAUAGCUAAAGAUAAAUUAUCGCCGCAUGUAAUUUCGUCACUGGUACAUACGCAUCACAGGAAUAACGAGAAGGACGAGACAACUGACGGAAAAACGGAGAAUAUCAGUAGCAAAGACAGGUGUACGCAGGAUAUUUGUAAGACGAUAGACAAUGAAACGCAGUGUUUGAGAUCGACCAAAAUCAAUGGCGGAUCAGGUAAAGGGGAGUCUGCGGUUUCGACCACGGCAGCUAAGACUCGUAUCGUAACAACCGUAAGUAAUGCGGAAGUAUUGAUAAGCGAGGCAACAGAAUCCGAAAAGCUGCGGCCACCACGCGUUACUGCUGAAAAUACAAAGCAACCAAAGGAGCCUGAAUCUCAAGAUAAAUGUGUAUCAGCGAGACACGAUGUUGCAAAUAAUACCGUAAGACUUAGCGUAAUGAAUGGAGACCAUUCUAAUGUACAAACAGAUUUAAAAGUUGGUAUUUGCAUCGAGGUAAGUGACGACGUAAGGGAUAACAGAUCCUCUAACCAUAAAAUCAGAGAAACUAUUUUUGAAAACCGCGCAACCGAUAAGAAGAAUAUUUCUAAUAUCGUCGACAUGUCAUUGUGUUCAAAGAAGGAAGUAGUCAAUGGCGACAAAAGUAUCGACUCGAAAACAAGCCACAAAGAAAGCGCGGAGAUCAAUUCCAACAGGAGCAACGGUGAAGAGCGUGCUGCGAAGAAUCCAGUGAGAACAUCUGUGCUGUGUACGAAGGUUGGGAGAGAUCUUCGCAACUUCGACCAGUCGCGCAACCACAAAAAGGAAACGUACGGCAAGUCGUACAAGAUAUCACCCGUGAAGAAUGUGCGAGAUCCAUCGGACAAUAGAUGCAUCAUUCAGGACUCGGAAUUGCAGGAUAACAUAGACGGGCUUUCGUUAUUGGCCAGCGUGUCUCAGCAUGUAUCUCAUUUGAAGACCGAGCGUGAGCUGAAAUGCGAUCAAAUCAAGGUCAAAGAUUACGCGUCGUUGAGAAGCUCCCCUUACAAUCAGUCCACCGACGAUGACGAAGAAGCCGAUGACGCCAACGACUUGUCGAGCACGGUCUCGCGGGUUUUGGCGAAUCCAUCUACCGAAGUGAUUAACAGAAUAGUUGGGAUUUAUCCGGAGGACACGUUGGAUAAGGUAGCGCUUCAUGUAGAAGUCACGUCGACGACUGACGUGAACCCCGACGGCAACAGUCCGAGCAACAGCGUUUCACGCGUCGUCGAGACCACCAUCAACUACGAGACGGACACGUUAUCCAACAACUUGAGCAUAGCGGAGAGCAAUGUGCAGUCGAUCAAGGAGAAUACAAAUGUCAUAUUAAACGGGGAAACGGUCGUGCUGUUGAAGAAGUCUCCCAAUAGCAAUUUGUACACCAUCAAUAAAGCGUACGACGAGAGUCGUCUGGUGAAAGAGAAGAAUUGGAUGGUCCCGCCGGAAGAUUGCGCAUCGUUUGAGGUCGUUAACACGUCGGAGCACAUUUCAUUUAAUUUGGAUCUGCCCCAAUAUAAGGAACUGUCGUGCCAAGAAAAUAAGUUCGGAAGGAACAACGGCAUAAAGAUCGAACCGGAAGAGGAAGGCAGCUUGAUGAAUAUCGCGGAGAUGAAGCCUUACGGUAAAAAGGGUCCUCUGCCGGGCGACGUGUUACCCGCGACGUCGCAGAUUUAUCAGGACACGAAUGUUGCGAGUGUAAGCAUCAGCAAGUCGGUCGACAAGCGGAAGUCCAAAUCCAUCCUCGCUUACAGGCAGAACAUUAAGCAGGAAUUCAACAGCCACAUCACGCCGAACUGCGGUAUACAGGGCUGCAACGGGAUACACUCGCACGAGGUGAUUGAUCCGCAACAUUCGUUACAUAUCCCGGUCACUCAUCCCACGACGAUACCGUCGAUUUACGGCAACUGCGCCGCCGGCACUGACCUGUGUAUGCCGUAUCACAAGCACUGCACCUCCGUGUCGUGUAGUUUACAAAUUAAUUCUACUACUUCGCUCCAUUCCCACACGAAAUCCGCCAAUUCAUGCGGCAGGUCGCACUGCUCGUGCCUCAACUGCACGUACGACAUAGUCACGCAUUGUAGACAGUGUAUACACCCCGCCACGGACUCGCACGUGUCUUGUAUCGAAAGUAAUUCUUAUUUUUUGCCCGCACAUUCGUCAGUACAAACGUCCGCCGUCCAAGAGCACGAUAGGACAAAAAGCGAAGCGGUAAUAGGUAAAUUGUAUGACGAUCAGAUAUUAUGUAAGAUAGAGCAGAGAGUACUACAGAAUAAUACGUUGGAGAAGCUGGACGUGCAACGCGAGCCGGAGAAGUUGUUUAAGCAGGACGUGGAGAACAAGUUGCCGUUGAAGAAAAGGCUAAAAGCCAUGAUGUCUAUGGCGUAUGAGGAGGUGCCCAUCAAAGCGGAGAAGUUGGUCAACUAUCCUGCAAUUCGCAUGAUGUCCAUAGCCGCCUUAGAGGCGGUAGAUGGCGCGCACAAGCAUCCCUCGCAGAUCAUCAAGUCGACGUACGAACUGUCUCCUAACGAAGAGGACGGUCCGCAUGGCAGCUAUCAUUUCAACUCAAACGUAGUACGGAGAGAUUAUUAUAAGGAUAUGCACAUCUCCAAUGCACAUCAUAAUCUUACGAAGGAAAGUACAAGAAGCCACGAGCGCCAAUUCCGAUCGGCCGGUGAUCAGUCUAAUGCAGUGUGCCUAGAGACUUGCCAGGAUAGGACGUUUAAUACAUCCGCGCAGCGCAGAGACGUGACGGUGAUGAAUCCGACGUCUAUGAAACGUAUAACGACCGAGACGAUGGAGCAGGACGGUGCGUGCAAGAAGCCGAAGAAAACGCAGUCAUCUAUUAGACAAACGAGAAGCUCAAAGAGAAACGUUCCUAAGGUAAAUUAUUGUUACACCGAUGUUGAUCCAGAAUGGAAUCCGUCCGGUGAGUCAAAACGAAGACGCAAGAAGACUAGUCGAUGAUCGAUACUAUUUCAUUACGAAAAGUCACUGCUGUAAAAAAAAAGAAAAGGAAAGAAACAGCGAACGUAUAAAAUCUGUACAGCGGGCAAAUGUGUUCUUCGAAGCUGUGGCACUGUAAAUCUGUAAAUACAUGUACAAAGCACAAGUGAAAAUAACUCGUCCUAGAGGAAGAUCUAGAAAUAGACCGUUCAGCGUGUUCAAGAUUAGCGUCAGUGAAGAGUUAGAUUAGCUACAUAGAAUACCUCCGCAUAAAAUAUUUUUGAUGUUUGGUUAGAUAUCGCUAGGCAAGCCGUAGAGAAUUUUAUUCCGUUAAAUAUCAUCUCUACCUUGCGAAACUGUACACUACUAUAAGGCUUUGUAAGAUAUUAAAUUUAAACUUUAAUGUUUUUCCUAUCGUCACGGUUGCAACGACGUCGCGAACGAUAGUUUUCCCGAAUAAGUUCUUUUGAAUUCUUGUAAAGUAAGAUGAAAAUUUCUGUAUAAUAUUCUCCGCGUAUAAAUAUGUAUAUAUACAUAUGUACAUAUAUAACCAAUGCCAAACACAAACUUACGGAAACGUAUUUUGAAGUAAUAUCAUUUUUGAGGUAAGGUUGCUCUGGCUUUUAUAUUAAAAUAGUUUAUUAUUUCGUUUACUGUCAGAUAACAAAUGAAUCCAAACUUAUGAGAGAAAUAUGUGUAAAGAUAUUGCAGUCGUUAUCGUUCAAAUCAUUUGCCGUGCGUUUGUCCAGCCUUUAUUGUAGAGAUACAAUGCAGAAACGUUAUUACUAUAUUAUUUUAUAUUGCCUAAAAAUAUGUAGUUCAUUGCGUGAUAAUAAAUAUGUGUGAAUAUAUCUUUUACAGUUUCCUGAGGAAGACAAAUUUAGAUUCAGGAAUGUAAUACGACCAGGUUGACGAUUGAAAGUUAAGAAUGUAUAAAAUCCAAAUUCCUUGAAAAACAGGAUACACAAUGUACCAGGAGCAUGUUUGCAUAGAUUAAUUACCCACUUAUACUUGAGUAACUUCGGGCAAGUGUUUAAUGCGAGCACAUAAUGUCAAUAAAUUCGCCAAAUGGUGCAAAAUUGUUUGUAUUGCCGUACAAUUAUAGAAACUGGAAAUGUUUAAUUUCUUCCACUUUGUAAUCUGUCCUCUUAUUAUAUAUAGAGACGCAGCCCUAUAUUAUAUAUCGGAAAAAAGCUAUUAUUUAAUGUAAACUUACAUACAUACAUACAUACAUACAAGUACCUAUCAAAACAAGUAGAGUAGCUAGUCAGCUGAUUCGUAAUAACAAAAGAACUUCAGGUCCCAAUGAAAAAGGAGAGAUAGUAUGCUACGUAAUUGAAAGUAUCCCAUAUAUUUUUCUUGUAAUACGAGUAUCCAUCUUUUGUUAAAGAAAUACGCGAGGGCGCGGUAUUCUAAAAAUAAAAUGACCUAAUCGAGCUUGAUAAAUAAAAUGAAAAUACUGAGGCAUGCAAAGAAAAUGCACAAUUUAGAUAUCGUAUAGUUACCAAGAUAGAAAAGCUUUACAACUAGCAGGCAUCGUAUAGCUUGUUCCUACGUAAUUACUCAGUAUUUUCCGUUCAUACGAUAUGUCUGGAAUCUUGCUUUAAGAACUGAUUAACAUUAAUAUAUAGCAUUUAACUAAAUUAUAUUAAACGUUUCUCUCGCGAUUGUGCGAGGUAAAUUUUAUUUUUUUAUUUUUUUCGGAACAGUCGAUAUAUAUAUAAUUUUUUAAAUGCUGUAUAUUACACCAUAUAUAUGGUCUUCUCAUGGAAACAUUGCUCACGCUCACAUUGAAUUGUAUACUUAUAUCCUAUGUUAAUGAUUUUCAGAGCAUCUAUCACUAUUAAACUCUGUUUUUGUUAUAAUGUGUAUCUGAUCUGAGCAAAUUAAGUCAUAUGCAGUCCCUGUGUUAAACCUGAACCAGUCAGCAUCACUAUUAUUCUUAUACGAAUGUCCCAAUUAUGUUUGAUUAUUUCGAGAUAGGUUUGGUUCGAGUAAUGCAUAACUUCAGUGCCAUAUCCCUAUACCUGAUCUCAUAUCUGUGAUCAUUAGCUAAGCAGUAGCUAACAUUUUGUUGUACAAAAAGGAAAUGUACCUUGUUAAGUAGUCUACUCGGUAGAUUACUUGUCAUUGUCACACUUGUCAUUGUUAUACACUUUAUUCGUCUUCGUCUAUAAAACUGAUUGUAGUUAGAAAAUCUUUAAUUGUAGAACGCUCUAUACCUCUUACGUUUUUACCGCAUCGCUAUUCUCUUAUUUCCGCGCGAGAGUUUUAAAAACCGCUAUUAUAUUUCCCAAACUUGACUGACAAAGGCGCGUAAAAAUGUCCUUUUCAUUACCGAAAUGUCUCUUAUUGUUAUUAUUUAUUUAUUAAUUUACAAUGCGAUAAGUCUGAUAGGCUUAAGUUUAACACAAGUAAAUUUAUUAAGUUACUAUAGCUAUAUAAAUAAUUAGUUCGUCAAAAUUGCCAAAAGUCUUCAUACAUAUGGAUUAAAUAUAAAUAGAUCAUUAAUCAUAAAUAAAAAAAAUUAUUGUAACGCAUAAAGCAUUUAUUAAGGAAAGUCUAACAUCUUAAACAUUAAUCGAGUUAGUAUAGUAAAGUACUUUACAUCAGAUGCCUCAUUAAUUCGUGUUCAUAAAAAAAUUCAGUAUUGUGUAUGCGUAGAACAUCUUUUUCGUAAUGAUAAAUAAACCUGUAUUUACCUAUACAUUUGUACAUUAUGUGCAUUACAUGAAGUAUCGACUGCAUAAGAUCGAGGUAAAUAUACUGCAUGUGGAAAUACUAAUAUAUUUACCUCUGUUAUAUAUUCAUCGGAACACUAUUAGAUUCACCGCUAUAUCUACGAAAUAAGGAUAGAAAUGUUAGAAACUCUCAACAGGGUAAACAUUAAUAUGCUUUUGAUGCUUGCAGCAUCGGGUUCAUUAUAUUUUACAUAAGUAUGUAUACUUACUACUCUAACUAAAAAUAGAAUAUAUAGUAUACCUCUGAACAGGGUAAAAGCGAAAACUACUCCGCAGGCUUAUGUCCAUUAGUACACGUAAUAACAGAUAUAUCCCUUCAUUAAAGAUAUUAUUUUAUAGGGUGUACUAUUGGAUUAAUUCCUCUCUCCAUUUUUAGUAAAGCGUAAGUUCAUUAAUAUCGUACUUGUCCGAGACUUGUAAAUAUAUUUUUAUGUACACGUUGAUCAUACCUAAUACGUUGACGAAGCUGUCGCACUGCAGUUAUUUUUCCAAAAGAUUGCAAAAUUAUUCAAAUUUUAAACAGAUGUUCGGUUUGGACACACGUAUGUUCCAUUCUACGUUCUACAACAGAUAAUGAACGAAUAUCUGCGAACUAAAUAUACAUAGUGAAGAAAAAUUGUAUUGAACGCUUUAAAAAUGGUAGCAGUAAUUUAAUGAUCUACAUAUAAAUACCAAAUUCUGCAUUUUAACGAAGAGUAGCGUGCUUCGUUCUACAUAGAUUACCCCAAUUGUCUCACAGAGCUAAACACCGAGUUCUUGAAUUGAUUUUGUACAAUUGCGCGUAAUAAACGAAUAACUCGAAUAUAUUAAAAAUUGAACUUUUAUUCUCUUUUUCAGUCUCUGCAUUGUUGUACAUCGUGGAUUAACUUAUGAUAAUACAAUAUUUUUACACGCAGAACGCAACCAAUAUUGUACGAGAAAAUUGAUCAAUAAUAUACGCAGAUCUACAAUUGUUGAACUUACAUGAGGAUUUAUGAACAACUUCACGUGAGAGAUAUAUUAGUGUUUCGUGAAGAUCUGAAAUCGAUCAAACUUAAAACUAUAUUAAAUUAUUCACUUAAAGCAUUCGCUCUGCAUCUUUAUUAAUCUAACUAGAUAUUUUAGUACGUUUUACGUGGUAUAGGUGGCAAAUGAACGAAUAUAUGUGUUGAAAACGUGUGGAAAGGUCGAUCGGAACAUAUUCAGCUUUCAAUUUUUUUCAUUGAUACUUUACAAAUGUAACUCUUGUAUAAUUCGAUAGAUAAUUCCGUGCGGGUUCACAUUAUAUCACCGAUCUCUCCCACAUAUAACUUGAUUUCCCUUUUAACAGAUUCGAUAAAAAUUCUUUGCGCAAUAUAUAUAUAUAUAUAUAUAUAUAUAUAUAUGUAUAUAUAUAUAUAUAAAUGCAGUAUAUGUACACUUUCUAUUGAAUGGCGUUUUAAAAAAAAGUGCAGUUUUAUGUGAUCCUAGAUCUAAAGAGUGAGAGAAUACAAAAAGAUAACAUUUUAUUACUAUUAAAUUCGCAAAAAGAAGAAUAGAACACUAGGUUUACAUCUUCAACGGAUGACAUGUACAUUCAACAAAAAUAUGUACGAUAUAACGCAAUAAAGAGAAACAGUUUUAAAGCUUCCAUUA